AUGGAAGAAAGUUAUGCAGUCCGGGCUAGACAUUCUUAUCUUGCCCACAGCGACGUGCUGUUGGUGCCGCUGCGGGAUGUGGGUGUGGAGGUGGAUCGCAAGCUGCAGCGCUUGAUGCGGCGGCGCCUUCGUCUAAAGGGGGCUGCCAAGGUUGACGUGUCGGUGGUGGAAUUGGUGGAAGGAGAUAUGAAGAAGCGGGUGGACGAGCUGGCGUCCCGCGUUGUGGCGGCGGAGAUGAAGGGUCGCAAGCGCUUCUUGCCGCGAGACCGCCGCUCUGUCGGGGUUGUUUUUGCAUCUCUGCACAUUCCAGAGGAUGAAGAGAUCGUGGAGUGGAGGCUAGACGUGAUGGAGAACCCCAACUGCGAUGCGGAGGACGAGGCUGUGGCAAAGAAGGCAAUAAAGCGGCGAGGCAAUGCACUGCUGGGUGCCUAUCUGGAAGCAGAGGCGGACAUUGCGAGUGAGCUCUAUCGACUGCGGCGCAGCUUCCCCAACUGCGUGCGUGAUGUUAACCCCUCCAUUUCGCUGGACGACUACCUUGCAACACUGCGUAGCGCGUAUGCGGACUGGGUAGCCUUCAUGGACGAAGAGGAUCCUACUCUGGUCCAGGUUGAGGAAGAGAUGUGGGCACGCAGCGUGGCUCUAAUCGGCGACGACCGAUGUGUGGCCGAUGCCCUCAAUAACUACUGUGUGGCCGAGGCAGAGCUGCGCCUUGCCAAAGCGCAUCGAAACCCGUCGUCGCAGGUGGCCCGCCUGCGCCGUGCCACCGACGUGGCGCAGUACAAGCACCGCCUCUGGUCUCGUCGUCAGGCCCGCCGUCAGGUGACGACAUCGUUUUUCGACUUUCCUGAGAAUGACAGCAACGUUGUGGGCAACGAUGACGUGGACUCGUGGGUGGAGGAAGACACGUACGCCUCACACGCUCAGACCGCACAUGCCAAGGCCUGCAAGGACUCCCAGUUCUUGUACUUGCAGCGCCAGAAGGCAACACUGAUGUCGACUGGGUACCGCAGCGGUGCUCGUUGCGUCUCCGAGUUGCUGAAGCGGCGAUUGCGUCAGCUUACCGGAGACGCAGCACGACUGCAGCGGAGUCGGCAGCGCCGUGACAACGCCAUCCUGAGACGGUAUCCGUUCUUGCAGACGCGCUACCUGACGAGUGUGCCACUCUCAGAGCUGCGGCUGGACGAAGACGACGAGUUCAUGCGUCUGGCUGCGGAGCGUGAUCGCCUCCUACAGCCGCCAAGUGACCUGUGCGCGAGGUACCCCUUCCUGCCGGCCGUGAUAAACGGCGUGCCUGUGGAGGAUCUAGGAUUAGAGACCGAUCCGGAGUUCAUGAGGCUGGCAUUGCAGCGCGAGGACCUCAUUGGGCCCCUGCGUGCAAAGCUAAAGAGUGUGAAGGACCGUGAGGAGGCAAUGCGGAUUCGCAUGAGCGAGCGCGUGGCGGCUCAUGUAGCGACAGAAAACCACUUGCGUGACGCCUACCCCUUCCUCGAUGCUCAAGAGCUCCCUGUACCGCUCCAGCGCUUGCAGCUGGAGCACGACGCACUCUUCCAGAGGCUCUACAGUGAGUACGCGACACUGCGCGGCACCGCAGUCGAGGAUGACGCCUCGUCAACGAUGACCAACAACGCAACCCCAAAGGCUGGACGGCGCAGUCGCGUCAGCAGCAUCGUCAGCAACAGCAGCCUCAGCUCGCCGCGCCCGCAUGCAAAGACAGUGACGCAGAAGCAGCUGGAGAAGCGGAUGCGCGAGUGGGUGAUGCGCCGCACCGAGGAGGAGGCGGAGUGGGAGUUUGCCAAUAUGAUGGACCUUGAAAGCCUCGCCGAUCGAUUUCCUUUUUUGCCUGUCGAACCGUUCCCAGGCAUUCAUCUCGGCGAAAUUGACGCGUUCACGGAUGUCCCCUUCUCUACCAUGGCAACAGAGCUGGAGCUGGCGCGAAAGGGCAUCGCUCCACCGGAGGUGGUGGCGGCCGCGGAAGAAGCCCUUCUCUCGCGUGUAAUGCACCUGGUGGAGGAGAAGCACAUGAAGACGGAGCGCUGCCGUCAGCAGCAUCCUUUCCUGCCACGGCGUAUCGGUGGUGUACUGAUUUGCGAUAUCGACUUCCCUGGGAGCGGCGACACUGCAGCGGCCAGCGACGAGGCGCUACUGGGGCUGUACUUUGAGGCGUCGGAGCGGGUGAAAGCGCGACGCGUGUGCAAGGCGGACGAGGACGAGGCCGUACGCUCGCGUCAUCCAUUCCUGGACAUGAACGACGUGCACGGGGUGCCGCUGCGACACCUGCCCCUCUCGGAUGACUCCAUUUUUCUGUCUUAUAUGCGGAAGUGGCGCACGGUCUUGGCGGCCGAGACGAUCGAUCGGGAGAAGCUGCGGAUUUACGAGGACCUCCUCCGCGAGUGUGCCGAGGAACAGGCGCUGCGCAUCAUCGACGUGAAUGCAGCGAUGGCGAACCGACUGAACCAGCUGCAGGUCAUGGACGUGGUGCCAGCAACAGUAUCGCUGCUGGAUCUGCAUAACCUACUGGUGAAGACGCGCGAUGUGUUGGUGGCAGAGCAUAAGAACGGCGUCCCCCCACCAGCCACUGUCGAAGAUCGAGAGCUGUUGGCCGGUCUGUCGAUGGCAUUCGUCAGCGCGUCGGAGGACAUGGUGCAGGAGCUGACAGCGCUGCGGCGACGAUUCCCGUGGAGCGUGCGGGACGUGAACCCGGCGCUGCGGCGCGACGCCGCCUUUCAGCAGCUGGAGGCGCAGCGGCAGUCAUUGUUAGCCACGUUCAACCAGCUGGAGCUGAUGGAGUCGCUCGAGACGGAGGAGCUCAAGCGAAGCGUUGAGCUUAUCGAGGACGAAACGUACGUGCUUGAGGCCCAGAGAGCGUGUGAGGUGUCUGCGCAAAAGCCGCUGCGCCAGCUCAGCGGAGAGGAACUGACAAAGCGGUGGAAACACCAGCUGCGCCUGCGUCAUCGUCAACGUCGCUUGGUGUCGUUCAGCGACAUACCAGAAGACGCCACGGAGGCGAGUGAUCCAGCAAGCACUAGCGGUGGACGCGUGUCGAGGACGCGCAAGCCGCGCGAGCGCAGAAAACGCAGCAUGAGCUGGACAAAGUUGUACGUUGAUGUGAUUCCCGAUAACGUGUUCGCAGAGAUUAAGGAAGAUGAGUUUCACACAAGCCUACCCUGCUCCACCGUGCCGAGCGACAUCCUAACGGCGCCAAAUGGGCCGUUGCCAAUGCCGCCUCCAUCGGACCACCCGCAAGGCAGUCAGCUGGCGUCACAGCAGCAAACGCCGCAGAAACAGCAGCGCCGGCAGCGCUCGCUGCCUGGAAGCCGGCACCGGCUCGGCAGCAACGCUGCCGAGAGUGUACCCUACAACGAGGCAUGCGCAAUGCUAGGCGACGGCACGAUUGUGCCAGCUGACGGGUUGGCAUCGGUGACCCCAGGGGCGGCAAGGCCAGAGAGCAGGUUUGCCUCUGCCGUUGUCCCUCCCCCUCGUGUGACGCCUGCUCCGCCAGUGGGGACGGCGGGGGCAUCGAACAGCGAUGCCGCAGGUCUCUCACCACGAGGUGGUGCAACGGAUCCACGUAAAGGGAAAAAGCGAGUGCUUAAGAAGCGCUUGCGUGCGCGCCGCACGACCACCACCUCAGCCCAAGCGAUCCCCGACGAGACUCCCGGAGAGAUGGUCGAGCACGACUUGGACGAGAUCAGUUCCGACACCUACCUGGCUGUCGAACCGCAUCGUUCAGAUGUGUCUGAUACGAGCGCCGGUGGCGCCAACAGACAAGCUAGCGGAGGUCGACACCGCACUCCACAUCCACCUCAGCAGCAACAGUGGAAGAGGCACGCGCGACAGUUGCCAACAAAACCGCAGCUCGCGGCGCGUGCCGCCAAGACGCGAGCGUCCACGGCCAUGUCAAGCACACGCGAUGCGAGAUCUGACAGAGCGAACCUGGAGCUGCCUGUGCGAACCAAAUCGCGGAAGCUCAGCUCUUCGCGCAUGGGCUCAUGUGUGCUUCCCGCUGCGGGUGAGGAGCCGGAGGUUACCGUGGGGCUACUACGUGAGCAGGAGAGCGAUCAGCAGCAGCAGCAGCAGCAGACCCCGCGCGAUACCGCAGUCGUGGCGAUGACAUCAGCUCGCAGGCCACAGCUAGAACAACAGCAGCGAGACCAAGGCCCCACAAGCACCCCACGGAGUAAGUCGAAGCAACGCGUCUCUCGCCCGCCCAGCGCGCAGCGCUCUCGCAUCAGCAUCUCGCAGGUGGAAGAGGAGGAGGUUCGUGAGAUUCACACCUCGGUGUUGGAAGAGCAGAUCGCGUCCCCGGCCGAUUGCCGUCGUCGUCGAAGCGCGGCACCGAGCAAAGGCGCCUCUGCGGAGCCUGCUAGAUGCACUAGGAAGGUGUCCGCAGCACCGCAAGGCGCUACGCCUUCUUCGGCAAGUCGCUAUCGUGCCUACUCAUUUGAUGCGUUGUUGCCGGAAGAUGAUGAGGAGGCAGCGCAGAAGGCGGCCGAGGUGGCUCUGGUGCAACGUGCACUUCGCGAAGCGCAGCCACUUCUAGCGCAGGUGGUGACGCAGGAAGCGAUGGAGGCCGCUGCAGAGCCAAUGAGGUACAUCUUCGAGCACUGCGAUCUCAGUCGCUACGCAGCCAACGGAACCGGAGUGAGUGCGCUACUCUCGGCGCGGCUGCGUGAACUGGAGGCGCUGCUGCAGAUAUGGAUCGUACAGCGAUCGAAGGCGCCGAUCGAGCCUCCCGCGGCGACGUCCGCCAACAUCCGAGCAGUGCGUCAGUCUCGCCGGCUGCAGGUGGCUACCAGGAGUGACCGUGUCGAGAACCCGCGGAGACUUCCUUUGCGCUGGGCACGCCUCACAGAGGAGGAGUUAGACGAGGACAGUGGGCUGCGUCAGUUGGUGGACAGCGCCGCCUCUUCGCACCGUAUCAUCAACUACCUCACUGCGUGGUCCACACGCAAGCAAGCUGCCAACGAGGCUUUGUUUGCCAAGUUCCCCUUCCUCGAGACGCUCCCAUGCGGGUAUGCGCUGACAGAGAUAGGCUUCACAAAUGACGCAAAGUUCCAGCGCCACGCACGUGGCGGGGCGUACCAGGAGAGCGUGCAUGUCCAGCAGCAGAUGUGGGACAUCGUGGAUAAGCUGGCGCGCAUCAAGGCAGCCGCUGCCGAGGGACGCCGGGCGACACACUACGUGAACCGGGUUCGCGCCACUGUUGAGACGACGCGCAACGCCGCUGAGCCGGCUGUCGGGUCGACAGAGCUGCAAGCUGGUGGUGGCGAUCUGACGCUGCCGGUGAAGGAUGCCCAAGAACUCAUGGAGAACCCGGAAGAUCAACAGCUACUGGACGCAAUCCUUGCCGCGCGGGUGAAGAAGAAGAAUCGGUUCCUCGACAAGCAGCAGCGCCUGUCCUUCGUUGCGCAGUGCAUGCAGGAGUCGGAGCGACUAAUCAAGCGCAUGAUAGUGCGAAUGAAGAAGGCAAAGACCUCAGACAUCCCCAUGGGCAUGGAGGACGUCGAGACACUGCGGUUCUUCUUCGACGGCGUCGACGUCGAUCACUUUGGCGUGCUAGACCGCACUGACACGACAGACUUCAUCAUGCUCACGCUGGGCGAAGAGAAGCACAUGAGCCGCAUGGAUGUGGAGCGGCUGCUCUUUCCUGGCGUACCGCGCGGCGCCGUGCUGCCGACGCUCGUGGACUUCAGCGACUUCACCAAGUUCUACAAGGCAGUGGCGCUGCAGGAGCUCAUGAGGCAGGAUAGCGCUUUCGAUCAGCACGACGUGAUGACGCGCGCAACCAUAGCGGCAGCAGCGGGAGCGGAAGUACACGGCGCUGCCGCCAACCCUCCACGCCGCCCAGAGCCUCCGUCAGCGUCUCUGCGAGCCGGCGGUGGCCGUCGCGGGCGCCUCAGCACCGUCGGCAGCAGCGCCCUGCCGGAGCGAACCUUCGCCGCCGCCUUGUCUUCGGCAGCUUCUCCAGACGCACGAGCGGCAGCCACGCUGACAAUCACACCACGCGGCAUCGAGUCGCGGCGUCCCUCUUCGGAGCCGCAACCACGCCACGACGGAAGUGAGGCUCCCCGCACGUUGCAGCACCAACACGGUAGUGCCUACACUCCAUUCAUCUCGGCACGUAGUCAUGUGAGGGCUCCCGAGGGCGACGCCGCCGCUGCGAUGGGCGGCUGGUUCGUACAGGGUCGGCCCAGUUCCGGGCGCAUGAGCGAACCAGCCGAAAGUUCUCCGCAGCCAGAGGCGUGA